AUGCCGCCAUCACCCACAAUACCCAAAAAAGUAAACAAAUCAAAGCUACAAACGCACGAGAACCGACCCGGGGCAUCCGGGGUACAACGCACUCCGGCCGGCCCGACGCGUCGGCCCGGGCUGCGGCCAAACUCCUCCCGAACAACAAAGAGCGGCGGCGCGGACGGGACCGGCGCCCGAGUUCCCGGGACGGCGGACGCGCCUAACUGCGAGCGGAGUUGGGGCCCGGGACCCACGCGCGGGCACGCGGAGCCCGGGCGCGCGGGGGCGACCCACCCGAGCUCCGCCGGGCCCGCGCUCGCGCCGGCCGCCGCGGAAUCCGCCCAGGGGCGGGGAAGCGCGGGCGCCGAGGCCCGGGCAGGGGAGAACCGCGCGUUACCUGGGCUCCGCGCCGCGCCUCGCCGUCGCUUCCGGGCCCCGCCCGCGGCGUCCGGCCCAGGCGGCCCCUCUCCCCGCCGCGCCGCCGACUGCGCCGGCCGGGCCGCAGGAGCUCCGGAGCCGCCCGCCGCGGGGGGCCUCGCUCGCGGGCGCCGGCUCCGGUCACGCGCUCCCGCGCCGGGGACGGCGGCGGAGCGGAGCGCGGCGCGGGAAGGGCCUCCCGAGGGCGGCGGGCGGGCGGGCGCGAACACGGGCUCCGCCACCCGAGCCGCUCCGUUACCGCAGCGGCGACGACGACCAGGGCCGUGUUGUUGCUGCCAACUUGUCGGAAGGACACUGAGCAUGCGCGCGCGGAGACCACAUCCGGGUAAUUUCAGGGUUUGGCCCUUUUCCCCCCCGCAGCGCUCCUUUCUCCCGGCUGCCCCCGCCUCCCGCCCAGAGCAGAGAGGAUCCCAGUGCGCAGGCGCCCGCGGGCAGCAGCGGUGGCGGCCCAGGCUGAGUGCGCGCAGUGGCGCGGAUGGGGAGUCGUCUUCUGAAACGGAGUGCGGCUCUGAGUACCCAAGCACCGUGGGACAGCUCGGGACGAGCGAUGGGCAUGCCUGCCGGGCUGGGUUGGGUUUUGAAGACCUUGAUGGACACAGCCGCACCGAGGACGCGUGUUUGUAG